UUUGUAUUUUGGGCUCUUCCACGCGGGCCGUUGCUGUGGAAGACUCACAGCCUCGUACUUCCUCUCACAUUCUUUUCCGAUGCUGGUCGAUUUCUCUGUGUAAGAAACCAAAAAAUAAAAAUAUAGAAAUAAAAAGACUCCAAACCCUAAAAUCCCACGAUUCUCUCUUGGAUUCAUACCUACAAGAAGCUCGCAAUCCACUGGUUCUCAAGAAUCGAGAGCUUGCUAGGGUUCAAUCUCCAAUUUUUCUCCAUUUCUUUGUUCCCCAUUUCAUCUCAAAUCUCUUGUUUCUCUUCUUUUGUAGGGUUUUAUUGAUCCGAAUUUACCCUUAUUCAUAUAUUUGUUUUAUUUUUUUCCGAACUGAUUUUGUUUUGUUAAUAGCAAUCAAAACCCUUUUUGUGGUGGUCAAAAUGGAUUAAUUUGACAUUGUUACUCCUUUUUUUAACAUAUCAUGUUGCAAGCAUUGUGUUUGAUUAAAUUCCUAAAUGGCGGCGUGGGUUGCAUAGUGUGAUCGAAAGGAAAAGAUAGGGUUUUGGAUCAUGCUCUCUCUGCAAACGCUUCGCAGGCUCUGCGCCGCGGUCGAUGCGUUCGCUAUCACCUGCAUUGCCGCCGGCAUUUCGAAAUCAAGAACAAAAACCGAUUUCGCUGUCUACGCUAACGCGUCGAAUCAUUGCCCGGAGAACUUCCCGACCAUCGCCGCUUGCAAAGCCGCCGUCUUGAGGAAUCGAUCGAGCCCGAAUUCCGAAUUCGAUCAGCAAAUCUCCUCGGCAGAGGAUUUGGAUCGUAAACCACCGGGUGUUGACCAGCCUGCACUUUUGAAGAUCAAGGCGGAGAAGGAUCCCGAGAGGCUCUUCCACCUCUUCAAGGCAAAUGCGCAUAAUAGGCUCGUAGUCGAGAAUCGCUUUGCGUUUGAGGAUACGGUGUCCCGUCUUGCCGGAGCCCGCCGCUUCGACCUUGUAGAGAACCUUCUAGAGCACCAAAAGACCCUUCCUCAGGGCCGUCGUGAGGGAUUCGUAGUUCGGAUCAUAUCGCUGUAUGGUAGAGCUGGAAUGCCCGACCAUGCUCUCCGGACGUUCGACGAAAUGCCUCUGUAUGGAUGCACACGGACAGCAAAGUCUUUCAAUGCCACACUCAAGGUCUUAUCUCAAGCCCGAAGGUUUGACGAUAUCCAGAUCUUUUUCGACGAAGCUCCUGCCAAGUAUGGGAUUGAAUUGGAUAAGAUUUCGUACAAUACCAUUAUCAAGGCUAUGUGUGAAAUGGGCCGUUUGGAUACCGCUUACUUGGUCAUGCUAGCGAUGCAAAAGGCAGAGCCAAAACCUGAUGUCGUUACAUAUACCACUCUCAUUUCGGCAUUCUAUAAGCAUGGUCGGCAUGAAAUUGGUGACGGGCUCUGGAAUCUCAUGAAACUUAGGGGGUGUUCACCGAAUCUUGCUACUUACAAUGUCAGAAUUCAAUACUUGGUUAAUAGGAGGAGGACCUGGCAAGCAAAUGAUUUAGUGCGUAGCAUGUAUGUUUCCGGUAUCAAACCAGAUGAAGUGACGUAUAAUCUUAUUAUUAAAGGGUUCUUCAUGAUGGGCGAGCUCGAAAUGGCGAAGAGGGUCUUUUAUGCUACGCAUGGGAGAGGGUGCAAACCGAACAGCAAGAUAUACCAAACGAUGGUUCAUUACCUCUGCAAAGGAAAAGAGUUUGACCUGGCAUUUAGGUUGUGCAAGGAUAGCAUGGAGAGGAAUUGGUUUCCGAGUGUCGAUACAAUUUGCAGACUGCUAAAAGGCCUCGUUAAAAUAUCAAAGGACCGGAAUGCUAGGGAAGUUAUGAAGUUGGUCAGGGGAAGAGUACCUUCAUAUUCGGCUAAUGAUAUGAAGGCCUUCGAGGACAUAUUGUCUGUUGGAAGGAUGCGGAAACUGAAUUGAUUGUGGCUCAUGAUUUUUGUUUCUAACUCCACAGUGAAUGAUGAAUUUCAUCAACUUCAUUCGGUUCUAUGCAUGGAGAAGAAGCUUGAUUGGAUGCUGGAGAGGGCGCUGAUCUUGAUUUUUAAAGUGCUCCUGACAUCCUAUUAAAGCAAGCCACACAGAGAGAGAGUAUUGAUACUACAGCCAAUUGCAAGAGCAUCGUUGGACUACGAAUGAACAUCUGCGGAGGGAAUCUUGCUGAAGUAGAUGUUGGCGAAGUGAAGUUCGACCCCGAUGGCCAGUUUUGGCAUGCUAAAACACCGCACUUCCAAGCUCGCGGUAGCAAGUAUCUCGAGAGAAAGAUCAAUGAUAAUGAGUAAUAUUAUGUGUCUGUACAUUUGUGUAUUGCCCUAGAUGGCAAUGACAUUGUUUGAGUAGGAAAUUUUAGAGGUAGAUUUUGAAGACGAGAGCAAUUGUCAUCGUUCGAUGUCCUAUCAAUAAUGUUUAAGAGUAUUACUCAAAACACUAGAUCUCAGACAUUUCUUCUUUUGCUUCCCCAGAAAAAUAAAAAUAAAAAACCUGCAGCUUUGUAGAGAAGCAAUUUGUAUGUAAA